AUGAAUAAAGAUGAUUUGGGUAAUAAAAUAGCCAAAACAGUAAUUGAAAAAUUUAAUAAUUUGAAAAUAACAUCAGGUAAACCAAUAAUAAGAUCAAAUGGAAUAAAAGAAUGGACUGUAUUAGCUAGUAUUGUUGCAAUAACUAAUGAUGAAAUAACACCAAUUACUUUAGCAACAGGUGUGAAAGUUUUACCCAAUAAGGUCCGACAAUAUUCCAAUGGUUUAAUUGUUCAUGAUAUGCAUGCUGAAGUAUUAGCUUUAAGAUUAUUUAAUUUAUUCUUACUUGGAGAACUGCAAAAUCCUAAUUCCAAUUGGGUAAAAUUAGAAGGUGAAAAAUUUCAAUUCAAUAAAGAGAUAAAAUUAGCACUUUUUAUAACUGAACCACCUUGUGGUGAUGCAUCAAUGACUUAUUUAUCAAAUAAUUUAGAAUCAAAUGAACCUUGGGAAUUGAGAGAAGGUGAUUUAACAUUUAAUAGAGGUAGAAAUAAUUUUAAUCAAUUAGGUAUUGUUAGAACAAAACCAGGUAGAUCAGAUAGUUUAAUUUCAUAUUCAAAAUCUUGUUCAGAUAAAAUUUGUUUAAAACAAUUAAUUGGGAUAUGUAAUUCAAUAACAUCAACAAUUUUCCAACCUAUUUAUUUGAAUUAUUUAGUUGUUAAAAAUAUUAAUGAAGAAGAUUUCAAUCGUUGCUUUUUAAAAAGACUUGAGAGUGACCAUCCAUUAAAAUUAAUUACAUAUGAUUUGGAUAUAUAUGAAUUUAAUAAAUCAAAUGAUAAAGUUCCUUCACCAUUAUCAUUAUUAUAUAUUUGUCCCUCCAAUACAAUUCAAAUUUUAAAUAAUGGUGUUAAAAAUGGUUCAUAUAUAAAAAAUAAACCUCCAAAACCUGGUGGUGAAAGCAUUAUUUGUAAUCAAGGCUUAAUCAAGAAAUAUCCUAAACGUAUAAACUCAAAAAGCUAUGAUGAAUUCAAAAGAUCUAACAUUGAAAGAGAAACAUUAAAAUUAAAAGGUCAAUCAAUCCUACAAAAUUGGAAACAUUCAGAUGUAGAUGACUUUAAUUUAUGA